AUGGAUACGCUACUCAAACCAGCACGACUCGACUUAGAUCCAAAUUCGCCCACAGCAACGAAAGAAUGGAGGCAUUGGCACCGUACCUUUACUAAUUUUAUUGAUGAAUGUGGCGAAAAGGCUCCUGAUGAAUAUAGAACUCUUGUAAAUUAUGUGUCUCAUAACGUUUAUGAAUAUAUCGAAGACUGCAAGGACUAUAAAUCGGCCAUUCGCGUACUAGAACAACUAUUUGUCAAGACACCAAAUGAAAUAUUUGCUAGACAUUUGCUGGCAACAAGACGGCAGAAAUCCGGCGAGACUCUUACUGAAUUUCUCCAAGAACUUCGAAAACUUAGCAAAGAUUGUAACCUUAAGAACGUAACUGCUGAACAGUAUCGUGAGGAAUUGGUUCGUGAUUCCUUUAUUAAUGGCCUCUUAUCACCUUUGAUUCGCCAACGGCUCCUAGAAAAUAAACAGCUCGACCUUCAAACUGCUUUUGACCAAGCAAAUGCCUUGGACUUGGCUCAAAAGAAUUCUGAAGCAUAUAGGAUGCCUGAAAUACCUACAACUGCAGCAGUCUCCUCCCCUCCGACAGAUGAGGUUGCUGGAGCUCAUGCCUUAGAUUAUGAUUCUCUAGCAGCUACAUUCACAUCGAAGAAAUGCUACUUUUGUGGUGAUAAUCUCCACAACAGAAGAAGUUGUCCAGCCCGGAAUUCUAAUUGUAACAACUGUGGAAAGAAAGGACAUUAUGCUAAAGUUUGCAAGUCAAAGGCGCCUUCAAUCACCACUGCUUCUAUGUUCACGCCUACUCUUUGUUCAAUUGUUGCAAGUUGUCCAGAAAGUCUAAAACAAGCAUCUGUAAAAGUCUCUAUUGGCGGUAUUGAACUGACCGCACUCAUUGACUCUGGGAGUUCGGAAAGUUUUAUAAGUGAAACUAUGGCAAGGAAACUGUCUCUCAAGCUUCAUCCAUCAACACAGAAGAUAUCUAUGGCCCUAACAUCUUUUAAGACUCAGAUCCUUGGUCACUGUUUUACGGAUAUUGUAAUUAAUCAACUUUCCUACUCAUCCAUUCGUUUGGGAGUCUUGAAAGAUCUCUGUAGUGACAUUAUCCUUGGGCAAGACUUCCAGAAGAAGCACAAGCGGGUCACCAUAGAGUUUGGCGGUACUAGACCAGAACUAGUAAUUCCUAGGCCUGCCUGUCCUCUUUCUUCGACAGCCUCCAUCGAGGAGCCUUCAUUGUUUGGAAACCUUCUCCCUGAAUGUAAGCCUAUCGCCAGUAGAUCUAGGCGCUUUAGCAAAGAAGACCAGGAGUUUAUCAAUCAGGAAGUUACAAAACUCCUGUCUGAAGGAAUUAUUGAGCCUACCAUAACACCAUGGAGAGCACAAAUUGUUGUUUCUAAAGAUCCCUCAAACCGGCACAAGAAGAGGCUCUGUAUUGAUUACUCUCAAACCAUCAAUCAAUACACAGAGCUUGAUGCGUACCCUCUUCCUCGGAUCGAUGACAUGAUCAACAACCUAGCACAAUACAAAGUUUUCUCAACGUUUGAUUUAAAGAGUGCUUACCAUCAAGUACCGAUAAAGGAGUCCGAUCGAAAGUUUACUGGGUUCGAAGCUAAUGGAAGACUGUAUCAAUUUUGCCGUAUACCGUUUGGCGUCACUAAUGGAGUGGCUGCUUUCCAGAGAGCAAUGGACAAUUUUGUUGACGAGGAGAACCUCAAUGACACAUUUCCAUAUCUGGACAACAUAACGGUGGCUGGGCGAGAUCAAAAGGAACAUGACGUAAAUGUUCAGGCAUUUCAUGAAGCAGUCCAACGCAGGAACCUUACUUUGAAUGAAAGCAAAUCAAUCGAAUCCAAGACAUCCAUCAAUGUAUUAGGUUAUCGGGUUGGCAAUGGGGUGAUCGCUCCUGACGAGGAAAGACUCCGCCCACUUCAAGAUUUUCCGCCGCCAGAGAGUAUCCGCUCCCUUCGCAGGGUGAUUGGCAUGUUUGCUUACUAUGCGAAGUGGAUACCGAAUUUCUCUGAUAAGAUAAGACCCUUGACGCAAGCUACUACCUUCCCACUAGAUAAGGCAGCAUUAUCGGCAUUUAAUACGCUUAAGAAGGAACUUGAAGGUGCAACUCUUCAUUCCAUAGAUGAAACUCUUCCCUUUGUGGUUGAGAGUGAUGCGUCAGAUGUCGCUUUGUCUGCUACACUUAACCAAGGUGGUCGUCCUGUUGCCUUCAUGUCCAGAACUCUCCAAAGUAGUGAACUACAUUACCCCGCUGUUGAGAAAGAAGCUAUGGCUAUCAUAGAAGCAGUCCGUAAGUGGCGACAUUUUCUUGCUGGUCGUCACUUCACACUUAAAACCGACCAACGUUCCGUCGCAUUUAUGUUUGAUAGCAGGAAGCGCACGAAGAUAAAGAACAAUAAAAUGCAAGACUGGCGACUUGAAUUAGCUUCUUUUAGCUACACUGUGGAGCACAGACCUGGUAAGGACAAUGUAGCCCCAGAUUCAUUUACCCGAGCUUUCACUUCUUCAAUGUCAACGUCAGAGGGUCUCAUGGGAAUCCAUACAGCACUUAGCCAUCCUGGUGUGACUCGAAUGCUGCAUUUCAUAAGGUCGAAGAAUUUACCCUAUUCUACCGAAGAUGUCAAGAAGACAUGCUCAUCGUGUAGAGCUUGCGCAGAGCUCAAACCACAGUUUUACCGACAGCAGGCUGGAGUCCUUAUCAAAGCUACGCAGCCGAUGGAACGAUUGAGCAUCGAUUUCAAGGGGCCUCUACCAACAUCAUCUCGUAAUGCAUAUUUGUUGACUGUGGUGGAUGAAUAUUCUCGCUUUCCGUUUGCGUUCCCCUGUCCAAACAUGCACUCCUCGACAGUUAUCAAAUGUCUUGAUCAGAUAUUCGCCCUUUGUGGUAUGCCUAGUUACAUUCACUCGGAUCGUGGUGCCUCAUUCCUUUCACAAGAACUCAAGGAGUACUUGUCUCGACGAGGGAUAGCAACAAGCAAAACAACCCCCUACCACCCAAUUGGAAAUGGCCAGGUCGAACGUUAUAAUGGUAUUAUUUGGAAGGCUGUUCGACUUUCCCUCAAGUCAGCAAAUCUACCUGAUUCAAAAUGGGAACUGGUGCUUCCAGACGUCCUUCAUUCCAUAAGAUCACUCCUCUCUACCUCUACCAAUACCACCCCACACGAGAGAUUCUUCAACUUCCAACGACGUUCAUCUCUGGGAACUUCGCUACCAUCCUGGCUACAGAGCCCGGGACCGGUCCUGUUAAGGCGUUUUGUUAGAACAAGCAAGAACGACCCGUUUGUCGACCAAGUAGAGCUAACGGAUGCAAACCCCACUUACGCCCAUGUGAAGUACCCCGAUGGAAGAGAGUCCUCAGUCUCCCUUCGAGAUCUAGCUCCUUGCCCCAUUACUCCUGUCCGGAAUGAACCACAAGGAACCCUGCCAAGCGGAGAAGUGGAAAACGGACUAGCUCCGAAUGUUCCAGAUCCCGUGGCCGCUGAUUCACAACAGGAUUCAACUACAUCGCCAACGGCUUCUGAUCCACAGCAGUAUUCAACAACGCAAGUACCUGCACUCAGACGUUCAACUCGUCAAGUUAAACCACCAUCUCGUUAUGGUUGGUAAACAAUAGGCUAAAUGAACUAUUCGUUUACUAGUAUUUGAACUUAUAGUAAGAUGACUUUUACAUUAGUUUAUUUAAUUAAUUAUAGUAAGUUGAACUUUUAUUUUAGAGAGGAAGAAUGACAUAAACUUUAUAUUUAUUAGUUACCGGAUUGGGUUGCUGUGGCACCUGAGCCCGCGUUAGUCAUUGGUCAUUUUAGUGUCGGCCAUUUUGUACAUUGUAAAACGUAUUAAGUUUAUAGCUGGCUUUAAGUAGGAUAAAGCCAUGCAAUUAGUAUGGUUUUUCAUUUCUAUUAUUACUUUAUGAUUACGACAGUGAGUAAGCUAUGAUGGUUGCUUAUAUACUUGAGCUCGUCUCCUGACUGGCGGAGAUCUCAUACUGAGAUAUUGUGUGAAAGCUAUAACGUUUGCACCAGUGUGACCGUCAGCGUGAUCAACAGCACAAUAGGAGAAACUCCGACCACUUGAAAUUGACUUAGGAUAGCAAUAAAAGAUUUUUGUUUGAUUUUUAUGACAAAGGUUCACAAUGCGCAUGCAGGCGUAUAAGUUAUUGAUCUCUUUUCAACAAGAAGAAAUAGUAUACUUUCAUUGUUGAAUUCGACACGAAAUGAAAUAAGACACGGAACUGUAAAUGUAAAACUGAUUAAUGAACCAUUCAACGAAUCCAAGGAUUUAGUAUUCUAAAGUCAGUCAGGAACUCUGGUGUGCCAUACUGUCGUUCCCUUGGCAAACAUUUACUAAAAGUUAUUUUAAUAGCUGUACUAUAUUUCCUAAAUCUAUUGACUUCGCUUAAUCCGAGUCUCUUAACGAUCUUCCAACAAAAGGCCUAAGGAUUAAGAAGGAACGUUUUCGAUUGGUUGUUAGCGUUACGAAAACAAAAUAGGAAUAAUUUACACGAAUUAAGCGAAUAGCAAGAGCGAUUAAAUAUUUGUUUGUGUUAAUGAAAUGUAUAGAGAGUAUACAGGCGAGAGGAAAAGAGCAAGGUCAAAAUAUCUGGCAUUAUUGUAGAAAAAUAAUUUUCAAAGGCUUUUAUUAUGAUCUUCGUUCGCUGUUCCACGAGUUAUGGACCCAACUUCGUUUUAUAUAUAAUCUUUACUUCAUUUCUCAUGGAAUAUAUGGUGUCAGCAGGUACAUACUUAAUUCAUAUACAUUAUAAAUGCUGUUAACAAUACGCCUUUUUGGGGUUCGCGACGCCAUCUUGCCAAGUGGGGCAAACACAGUCGUUAAACCAUUGCUUCUUCCCAACGGGAAUACUUGUCCCUAGGAUAAUGGUAUCGCUGCUCUAUUGUGUUUGAUUCACUUGGCAAGAUGGCAUCGCGAACGCCGGAAAGGCGUAUUACAAUCUAACGGCGUGCAUGGAUGAAUCUAUGAUUCUUCAAGCUUGAUUUGGUGGAAUUAGUUUGUAAACAGUUUUAAAAGCUUCUAGUAAAUUAAAUAUUUAGUCAUUUUUUCAAUCUCAAGUUGAUUGAGUAAAGCAAAAUACCAGUGACUGCGGUCCACUUUAUACAUAGUUCGAAUUCGAACUGCAUUUAUGAAUGCAUGAAUUGGUCAUUAUGAUUCCAUUAGCCAAUCGCUUUUCAUUGUGGCCUGCAGCAAAUACAGAUCCAGAAAAGACUGAAACAAAACAAAAAAUAAGAAGGCCAGCUUGGUCAAACUUAUUGUUAUGGCAUCCUAACAGGGAAUUAUGGUAUAUCUAUAUAUAGCUACAACAUAUCCAGGAUAAUAUGUUGAUUGUUCGACCAUGAUUCUCCCCUGAUUCCCCUUAUUGUUAAGCUACGUAUUGAUUUGAAAAGGAAGUAAUCGUUGUGGGGAAUGCAUGCCUGUAGAAAGAGUACUCUUAUUACCGAAUAUUUAAUAUAACGAUAGGUAUCAGAUUUAUAUGGCUAAAUUGGCAACACUUUCAGGUGAAAAUUAAGUUAAUGCAUUAUAAAAGCCAUGAUAAUGAAGAUUUUGGGAAGCUGUAUGUGGAAAUUAUUUAAGCUGACGUUUCCUUGCUAGCUUCUUGCUGCAUGUAGAUUCAGAGUAUUUAAUUAAACAAGCCCAUCCUUGUGUUCAUAAAUAUCACGAUAAAGGCCGUUUUCCAUCCUACGGUCGUUUGCCCGCGCAAGACGAGUGAACAUUUUUUAACAUGCGCCGUAGCUGUCCAGCACUCCAGCUUGACAGUUUUCCUGGCGUGCACCUGCGACUAAUUAGGUCACCUGACUUGUACAGACAUACUUAUACACAUUUCUCUGGCUAUAAAAUGAAGUAAAAUUUAUAUCACUUUAGAUAAGAUCUGUGCCAAAAAUUACAUGAAGCAUUCCCAUUGUUAAUUACACGGCUAAAAACGCACAGGUUGUUGCAAGUUGAUAUCGACAGGCGUGAACAAUGUUGUGCGGCCAACUAUGAACAAGUUGUCAACCAUGUUGUCCCAAGUUGUUACGGUUGAACAAUGCUGCAACAACAUGUUGACAAUAAUGUUCAUAGUGGGUCGCACACCUUGUUCACGCCUGUCGAUAUCAACUUGCAACAAGUUGUUGAUUUUCUCAAUUUUUAAGCGUGUACAAGAAAUACCGUUUGUCCCUGUGGCAUCGAGGCUUUAGGACUAUAUGUUUCGAUUUUUCGAUGCUUUGCAUGGUUUGGUGGCACAUGAAACAUACGAAAUUCGAAGGCAUGUUUGCUUGAAUAUGGUUGGCGUAUGUACACAUAUCAACAAUGCUUGCAACAAGACGUAAAACUGAAAUAAUAUAUGUUCUGUACUUACAAAUCAGUAUGAGCUCGAUUUCGAAUAUAUCAAUAAAAGUAAUAUGAAACUUGUAUACUGGGUUUGGUGGAUCUGAUCUAAAAGUAAUACAAAACCUGCAUGUACAGUUGUGUUUUUAUACCAAUUUAAAAUUUAGCCCAAAUAUUGUAACAGCUCUCAGCGAAAUAAAAUUAGCAUUUCAUAUAUUUUAUUAAUAUGUUUGUAUUUUUAUGCAGAUGAAGAAUUAGACAGUAAAACAGUGAAAUACGUCACCAUUGGUCACUCGGCUAUAUUUACUUGCAAAUUGAAAAACAAUUCGGACACCUCGAAAAUGCUUCUUGGAUACGCAUGGACUAAAAACAACGUAGACGUUACAGUUAACCCACGAUUUACAGUUCUGAUGUGGGGUGGACUGCUUGUCCGACGCGCGAAGGUAGAAGACGCAGGAACGUACAAAUGUACGGCAAAAACGCUGAGUGAUGAAGAAGUACCAAGAGUCUACAGAGGAGUGGAAGUUAAAAUGGAUAUAUUGUGUAAGCCAUACAUUUCUAAAAACAUAUUACUAAAAUAUACAUUUGAAGAAGCAUGUUUAUCACGAUAAAUGAAUCGACAUGGUUAUUUAUAGGUCAUACACAUUAAUUUGUAAGGGUAACAUAGGCUAUACUUGCAUCUUAUUAAGUCAAUCCGAACGAGAGCGAGGUUUUUGAGAUGAAGUUACAUUGCCAAAUACAGUCAACACUGAUUGUGUUUUGUCGUGUGCUGCUACAUAUAAGUUUUCGCCUCCAUUAUUUUGCAGACCCGCCAACUAUAAUCUUAACUAAAGGAACAGUGAUGGCAAGUGAAGGUAGUGAUGUUCAAUUGCCGUGCACCUCACGAGGAAAUCCCUCUCUGAUUACGACAAAGUGGUUAUGGAAUGGCAAACAUCUCCCAAAAUUAUCUAAUGCUGUAAUCUUCCCGAAUGGGACACUUUAUCUAAGAAAUGUGAAUACAGAUCAUGAAGGAGUUUACAAGUGCGCACCUUUCAAUAAAAUUGGUUUGGGAAAUUCAGCUGAGACAAUACUUAAAGUAGAAGGUAUGUAUAUGUAGUUGUUUCGUUCUGUUUUUCGUUUCGUUUUGUUUCAUUAUAUAGUGAAUGACAUGUACGUACCCAAACGGAUUUCGGUCCUUAUUCACUCAAGCUAUAUAACGCUCAACGGUUAAACUUGGUACUUCAUCCUAAAUUAAUACUCGAGUUUACACAUAAAACUGAGAAAUGAUAUUUCAGUUGGUGUGUGCCGUGCCAUUGGAAGAGCUAAGCUUACUGUUUAAAGCCCUGCUUGAAAUUCUACAACAUUUUAUCAGUUAUAGCGAAAGAAACAACUCUGCUAUUGCCUUUUACAGAAUAUUUCAAUAUUUAUAAGAUUGGGAGUUUGGCAGCCGACAUGCAACGGCAGAAAACCGAAUUACAUACAUUUGUGUAUUCGAGCCAAAGCAUAACUUUAUUUGCUUCUUAUACUUAGUAUAUUUUAGAAACAACCCAUAUACCGAGUGAGUAAAAAAAACUGAAACCUUUGUUAUCCAAAUUAGCCGCGAAGGUAUCAGUUUUUUUUACUCACCCUGUAUAAGUACCAGUGCAUGCAAUCAGUGAAUUCGCAUUAAACACUCCACAUACGUCUUCAAACGUUUUAACCGUGAAAAUGAUGUAAGUAAUGUAGCAGUUGGAACAUGCUCAAGGGUAUCAUUUAUAGUCGUCUUUGUGUCGGAUUAAAAAUGCUAUUGUUGACGAGCACGUCUUCAUUGACGUUGCCGUUGUAUUUGCUGCGAUGGGCUUCAUUUUACUUUGCCAGGCAAAGCAAAACAAGCCUUUGUUAAUUUCUCAUCCAGUUUUCAACCAAAUUUAACCAAGAUUGAAGUAGUUUGUCCUUGGGUAAUGUCCAUUAAUUAGUUCGACAAAUUUUCGUAUCAAUACGUUGGAUAGUUUUUGAGUUAGAAUACACAACUAACUGAAUGAAGGUUCUACUUUGAAUUCACAACACAACUAUGAUCCGUUUUCGUAGCAUUUUCGUAUUGUUUCGGGUAAUUAGACCAUUGCUCUCUAUUCCCUUGUGGUGCAUGUAGACUGAAUGGACGAGCUGUAUAUACAUUCAUGAUAAAAUACCAGGACCGCGCGUUAUGAAAAUGGAAAUGAAUUGGGUUUCAGGAUUUCUAUAUCGAGGAUGUUACACUACACGGCGGCGCGAAGACAUGACUUUUAUCUUCAAGUGGUGAAAACAAUAUUUUACGAACGAACGCAGCGAGUGAGUAAAAUAUUGUUUUUAACACGAGAAGAUAAAAGUCAUAUCUUCAAGCCACCGUGUAAUGAUCUGUUUAUUAUAUAGUCCCAAGACUCCCAAGCAAAAAAUUGUGAAAUUUCACACUCAAAAGCAAAUUGGAAAAAGUCACGUGAUCGAUAUCUUCACUAGUGAAAAUAUGGAAAAUAUCUCACUGUGUAUUUUUCAGUAUCUCCCUCUCUACUAUAUAAUAAAUAUUAUAGAUACUGAUGUGUUCCUCUAUAAUCGUACAUGCAGAUUCAAACAGCAGUACGUAUAUAGCCUCGCCCACGACUCUACACUAAUCCAUUUUCGUUUUUGUAUGCGUUUUCGCCUAUCGUCUACACUAAUACGAUGGAAAACGGAUGCCUUCAUCCACGAAAACGGUUCAUUUCGAAAACAGCUUUGAAAGUGGAGACUUUUGAAAACGGAGGCAUUUUGGAAAACGAAGAUUUCCAAAAACAAUUAAUGACGUAAUGAGCAGAAUCAAGCGUGGUGAACGUACUUUUAUUUUUGUUGUUUGCUCUAAUUAUCAACCAAGAAUUUGAGCAAACCUCGACAAACGACUACUUGAGGAUUUGCCUUUUUCCGUAAUAUUUUUUCCAUAAUUAAAGACGAAAUGAAUAAAUCUCGAAAACGCUAAUGCCCCUGUUAAUUUCAGGGCGUUAAUUUAACUCCUACUAUGGGGUUAUUUGAACCAAAUUUAACCCCAAAUGUGGAGUGAAUUUGGGUUCAGAAUAACUCUGUUGGAAUUAAAUGAACUUUCUGAAAUUAACAUGCAUGUGGACGGACAUAGUUUUAUGUAUUUUCGAAAUAUCAAAAACGGAGGAAUUCGAAAACGGGAAGAAAUCUUUUCUUUUCGCUAUUUUUAGCCCAACCAUUAUUUACACAAGUCCCUCCAAGGAAAUUAACUGCGAAGCUUGGUGAAAGUCUGACAAUGGUAUGUAAGGCAACAACUUCCCGUGUAACUUGGAGAAAAGUGAACGAAUCAUUGCCCCAAUUCCGAACAACCAGCCGCAGUGGACGCCUGCAUAUUAGGGAUUUACAAUUGGAGGAUAGCGGUCUUUAUGAAUGCAAAAUUAGCUCAUCUAGGAAAUCGUUAAGACGAUCAGUAGAGGUGUUGGUAGUAUGUGAGUAUCAUUGACUUUUUGUGCAUUAUAUAUGCAUGUGCCAAAUUUAUUAUUGUCUUGAAGUGCACGGAUUCUUUGCCAAAUUUUCAACUUGAUAUAAUUUUAGUGUAACUUGUGCUUUCAGUGGUGUUUGUAUACUUGAUUCUUUUCCUAUGAAUGUUAUAAAACUCAUCAUUUACUUCUUUCAUAUUAUUCUGAAGUGUGUUUGACGUUCAUGCAAGUUUAUAAAGAACAUGUUUGAUCUAGAUCAUUUCAAAUGACAUCCCUUUUAGUUUUAUACUGGCUUGAAUCAACAGUCAUUUCAAAAGCUUUUUUGUUUUAGCCACUCCUGUUCCACCAGUCAUAAAAAAUGUCGAAAUGCUUUCAAAAUCUGCCGUGGUAUCAUGGGAACGAGGCUACGAUGGUGGAUCAAGGCAAACGUUUGAGAUCUGGUACCGAUUAUCUAGUUCUAAUGAUAAUCAUUGGAAAACCAUCAGAAAUAUCCUUGCUGACGUCACAACCUAUACUUUAUACGACGUAGAACCUCAGCAGUCAUAUCUGUUCAGUAUGAGAGGAGUCAAUAAAAUAGGCUUUGGAAUUUUUAGUCGUAUAUUCCGUUCUGACAAGUUUACAAAUUAUCAGCAUGACAACGGCCAAGGUAAAUCUUCCAGUAACAGAAACCAUGGAGCUAUUUAAAUUCUAACCAUUGCAACUUCUAAGAUAACGGGCCAGUGUUAUCACGAAUUCUAUUACUGAGUUUCAAUUUUUGCAAAAUGCUAGACGUAAAACUGUAUCUGCAUGCAAUUAAUCUGAAUACACUCUGAUCCUCAUUCUUCAUGUCUGCUUUCACAUGCUGCAAAACGUAGUGUACACCCAAUCUUGAAUUUUUCCAGUGCAGGGGCCAGCAGAUAACGCUAUCCACUGGAUAGUGAUGGUUUUCAACCGUUGUAGAAAUGCUUGAAAAGUCACUAACAUUAAAGUAUUGAUAUGGACCCAAAAGCAAUAAAAAUAAUUGACUAUCCAGUGGAUAGCGCUAUCCACUCUUCAUACAACCAACCAAAAUUAAGUGCAACACAUUGACCAACAUAUUUUCAUAAGUUAACAUGUAGAAACAAAUUCGAGGUCAGUUUUCGUGUUAAUAACAGACGUUGAAAGCUUAUCAAUCAUAUCAGCAGUAAUGUCUUCAAAAUAGCGCUGCUUAAGGCAGUGUAAACUAUAUUAAAUAUUGAAGUAAUUGGCACAUGCAGUUCCCGAAUUUGCUUUGCGCAUAUUUAGUUCACGUCGGGCUGGAAGUUAAGUACUAUAAGAUCAACUUGUCCACCUCCAAUUCGAGCUGUUUUGUUAGUGUUUGUAAUCGUCAGAAAACUUCUUAUUUAACAUAGUAAAGGAUUCAUACUGUCCAUAUUUCUUAUUAUCAUAUAUAAAUUUUUUAGCAUACACGAAGCCACUAGCUCCUAGUAAUGUCAACUGUACUCGAACUGACGCUGGAUACCAAGUAUCAUGGUUGUACAUUCAAACUCCUGGUCGACCACAAAUACAAUACUUCUUGAUCGAAUAUCGAAGACUGAAUUCGUCAUUGAAAUGGAAAUCUCUAGGAACGCUUAUUAACUGGGAAAGACGGCAAUGGUCAAUUAGUACUGAUAUUGUGAAUCCAAAUGUGCUUUAUGAAUUUCGGAUGUUUUCAUUUGGUGGAGUAUUCAGUGAACCUUCCAACGUUGCCAAAACUGAUGCAGUGAUAGGUAUGUUCUUUCUCUCUUCAGAGUCCUUUCUCGUAGGUUUCCUCUUCCUCCCACAAACACACUUGUCAGAGGUUCCACGCAUAAAAACACGGGUUAUUGGGCUUUCUCGUCUUGCAGAGGCUUACAUGAAGUUUCUAGCGAGGGAAAGUGAGCGCGCUGGGAGUGAUGGGAGAUUCAAUCUUCCCAUCACUUUCCGUGCGCUCACUUUUAUUCAGGAAACUUCAUGUAAAGUUAUUUGUAAAUACUCGAGGAGGCUCUAGGUCAGAAACCCAUAAACAGCGAGACAUGCAUGCAUGGGGAAGUAACCCCAAACGGAAAAAAAUCAUGGAAACCUUUGGGAAGGAGAAAGCCACUUUUACAUUCAUGCGUAAAUAUUCAUCGACUGCUGUUUGUUGAAUAAUAGGUGGAAAUUAAUUUAAUGCAAUUAACAAUCAAUCAACCAACUCAACCAACCAAUUAAUCAACCAUUAUUAGUCAAUCAAUCUUUUUAUUUGCUGAAAUUAGGUUUACCAUGCCAACCAUGCGCAUUCAUUCUCACACCAUGCAACGUUCUUCCUUUAUUUUAGAAUCCAUUAUAUUGAAAAGUUCCAAUCCUAGUUACAAUGUCGUGAUAGCAGUAUGUUUUGCAUCAGUAGUGGCCGUUCUUUUGGUAGUUGCGAGUUAUUGUUAUUGUUAUCGAGUUAGGAAGAAACGUAAGAAUGACUUUCCUACAGGUGGGUAAUUUUUACAAUGAAAUUUAUAUAUAAACUUUUAACGGCAAAUAAUGCGCUACCGGUAUUAAUUCUUGCUAUGUUGCGUAACUACGUUUUUACACAACCGGCCCCAGCACUUUCUUCGGGCAUGCAUAUUAUUUCAGGUAGUGUUCAAUAUUAUUUUUUGUUUGUUUAGCAAAGAAAAUCAACAGGAAUUACAGGUUGUCUCAACCUUACAGGUACUAA